AGUACCCGGCAGGACUUUAGAACCGCAGGCGUCAAGAUGGCGGACGAACGAAAAGCUCGACCCUUCCCGUUCAUAACAUGGAUUUGUCUCACUUUAUUUGGUCUUUUGAUUAUUUUUGUUGCUGUGUUCGAAGAGCAUAGCGAGGGCAAGCCAGCGGCCGCAGCGCUCCGCACAGUGUACAGUUACUGGAUGCAAGUGAGGAAGUCAGCAUAUACCUUACUUUUUGGAGGGGCUGUUUUGGUUUAUAUUUAUGGCCUUGCUAUGGGGGAGCGCCGAGAAGCUACUGCUGCACCUGAGGCCACACCCAGUCAAACAAAACAGGAAGUAAAAGAGAUAAAAAGUAAAGUUUCAGCUACCCUGAGGAUUUUUUAUGCCACGCAGACUGGUACAGCCAAGAAAUUCUCUGAAGAGCUAAUGAAAAUAUCAAUGCAACAAGGAAUGGAUUGCAGCUGUGAGAAUUUGCAAGGUUAUGAAGCAGAGGAUAAUCUAGCCAAUGAGAAAUCUACCUGUGUGUUCAUUGUGCCAACAUACACUGACGGCAAGCCUCCAAGGGGUGCAGAGUGGUUUUACAGCUGGCUAGAGGACUCAACCAAUGACUGCCGUGUGUCAAAGUCACUACUUAGUCAAAUUAACUAUGCUGUGUUUGGCUUAGGAAAUUCUUCUUACGAGGGUCAGUUUAACUUGGUUGCCAAAAAUAUUGACAAAUGGCUUUCAUCUUUGAGUGCGAAGAGGGUGAUGCCUGUAACACUUGGAGAUGAGAACACAGUUAACAGCAGACAUGGAGGUCUUGAAGCCGAUUUUCAAGUGUGGUGCAAAACAUUUUUUUCACUUGUUAAAUCACACACAUUAUGUGAGUGUGGAAAACAAGAAACCUGUCAGGAAACAAGCAAGUCUCAGGAAGAAACAUCUCAAGCACAGUGUGACUACGAGAGUACAAGUGAUGGAGAUUCUGAGGAUGAGGAUACAGCUGAUGGCCUUGUUGAUAUGGAAGAUCUUGGUCCUGCCGUCCAAAAAAUUAAAAAAGCAAAGAAGCAAAGGGAGAUAGAGGAGGAUUCUCAUAAAAACACAGUUGCUAAAGAGAUGGUUACACCAGUGAUUCGACAGUCACUUACCAAGCAAGGUUACAAGAUAAUAGGAUCACAUUCGGGAGUGAAGAUUUGUAGGUGGACCAAGUCAAUGCUACGUGGCCGGGGAGGCUGUUAUAAGCACACAUUCUAUGGUAUAGAAAGCCAUCGCUGUAUGGAAACCACCCCAAGUCUUGCAUGUGCCAAUAAGUGUGUUUUCUGUUGGAGACAUCACACUAACCCUGUGGGCACAGAAUGGCGUUGGCAGAUGGAUGAUCCUCAGAUGAUUGUUGAAGGCGCAAUGCAGAACCACUACAACAUGAUAAAACAGUUCCGAGGUGUCCCUGGUGUCAAGCCUGAGAGGUUUGAAGAGGGCAUGAAGAUUAAGCACUGUGCUCUAUCACUCGUUGGGGAGCCUAUUAUGUACCCAAAAAUUAAUGAGCUCAUCAAGCUCCUGCAUGGACAUGGCAUCUCUUCAUUUCUUGUCACAAAUGCACAGUUUCCGGAUGCUAUAAAGGACCUCCUACCAGUGACGCAGCUUUAUGUCAGUGUUGACGCAGGCACCAAAGAAAGCCUGAAAAAGAUUGACCGCCCACUCUUUAGGGAUUUCUGGCCUCGGUUUCUCGACAGCCUUAAAGCCCUAGCAGAUAAGGGUCAAAGGACUGUCUACCGCUUAACACUUGUCAAGUCAUGGAAUGUUGAAGAGAUACAGUCAUAUGUAGAGCUUGUGUCUCUUGGAAAACCUGACUUCAUAGAGGUUAAAGGUGUGACAUACUGUGGCGAGUCCAAGGCAUCGACACUGACAAUGGCUAAUAUCCCUUGGCACCAGGAGGUUGUAGGGUUUGUACGGAAGCUUGAAGACCAGCUACCAGAUUAUGAACUAGCCUCUGAGCAUGAGCAUUCCAACUGUGUGCUUCUUGCUCACAAGAAGUUCAAGGUCAAUGGUGAAUGGCAUACAUGGAUUGAUUAUACCAAAUUCCAUCAGCUGAUAGAAAAAUAUGAGGAGAGCAAUGGCGAGGAGACCUUCACAUCCGCUGACUACAUGGAAAGGAACCCUGAAUGGUCUGUUUUUGGGCACUCACAGCGAGGCUUUGAUCCUGAGGAGACUCGGUGGUACCGCAAGAACCGAAAAGAUAUCAGUGGAUGCUGAUGUGAUUGACUUCUCAGGGAAUCAGAGGCAGUUACAUGCCUGGGAGGGGAGCCACCUACACACAUCCUUGACUUAUUUCUUAUUGAAGGAUCAUCCUUUUUCCAUAUGAUAUCUAUCACUGCACAGCUGCCCUUACACUCUCUCUUCCAUAAAGAAAAAGAAAAAGGAUAAGAGCAGUUAACCUUACAGUACUUUUAUCUUAAGAAUGGUCAGCAUUACACUUUUGUACAAAAUCAAAGUCAAACUUUAGACCAUUCAUUUUGCUCUUCCAUAGCAAUUACUGGAGGGUGAGAUAUGUGGCUACUGAUCACAAAACAUGGACAAAUGUUUCUGUUCAAAUAUUUUCAAUGACUUGUGAAUGCAUGUUGCUGCUCCAGCUAGGCUAUUUAUAUUUGGUUGAGGGUGUACCAUGUUUUUUAAAACAUAGAGAUAGCUGUUGUUACAAUAUUUCAAUUGUGCUUCCUCGCUCUGGAUGGUUUAAAGAGAAAAAACGCUAAUAAAAUACUCAAUAAUGGUG